UUUGGUCUAGUUGACAUUGUGGGAGAAGCUAGAAUGGAUAGCGAUGAUGACUACACGAAGGAUGGGACCGUGGACAUCUAUAAAAAACCUGCUAACAAGAAGAAAACUGGAACCUGGAAGGCUUGUCCCUACAUCCUUGGGGAUGAAGCAUGUGAGCGUUUGGCGUACUAUGGUAUGAGUACAAAUUUGGUGAACUAUAUUCAAAAGAGGCUCAAUCUAGGAGUUGCUGCUUCUUCAAAAGCUGUAAACAAUUGGUCGGGAACCUGCUAUGUCACGCCAUUGAUUGGAGCAUUUUUGGCUGAUGCCUAUCUUGGGCGAUACUGGACAAUUGCUGGUUUCUCAUUCCUUUAUAUCAUUGGAAUGACACUCCUGACGUUAUCUGCUUCUGUAAAAGGGAUAAGGCCCUGUAAUAAUGGUACUUGCAACCCAACAUCAUCACAGAAAACAGCAUUCUUUGUUUCGAUCUACUUGAUUGCCUUUGGGACUGGUGGUAUCAAACCUUGUGUCUCUUCCUUUGGGGCAGAUCAAUUUGAUGACAAUGAUGAAAACGAAAAGAAGAAGAAGAGCUCAUUCUUUAACUGGUUUUACCUCUCAAUCAACGUCGGUGCUCUUAUCGCUUCAUCAGCUCUAGUGUAUAUACAAAGCAAUGUGGGCUGGGGCUUGGGUUUUGGUGUUCCAGCUGCGGCUAUGGCCAUUGCACUAGUGUUUUUCUUUUCAGGUACCCGUCUAUAUAGGCUCCAACCACCAGCAGGGAGUCCCCUGACUCGCAUAGUUCAGGUGUUUGUUGCGUCUAUUAGAAAAUGUCAUGUCAAAACUCCUCAUGACGAGACUCUUCUCUAUGAGACUGCUGAUACAGAAUCCAUCAUCGUAGCAAGCCGCAAGCUUGAGCACUCAGACGAGUUCAGGUUCUUUGACAAGGCUGCUGUGGAAGGUGAAUCUGAUAAAGUCAAUGGAUCAGUGAAUCCGUGGAGGCUCUGCACAGUGACUCAAGUUGAGGAGGUCAAGUCGAUCAUCCGUCUACUCCCCAUAUGGGCUACUGGUAUCGUGUUUUCCUGUGUCUACGGUCAGAUGAGCACCAUGUUUGUUAACCAAGGCAACAUAAUGGACAAUUACAUUGGACCUCACUUCAGGAUUCCAUCAGCAUGUCUAUCCAUAUUUGACACGGUCAGUGUUAUUUUCUGGGCGCCUGUAUAUGACCGUGUCAUUGUUCCCAUGGCACGAAAGUAUACAGGCCACGAACGAGGAUUCACUCAGCUGCAGAGAAUGGGCAUUGGUCUUGUUAUUUCAGUAUUUGCCAUGGCUUGUGCUGCAGUUCUGGAGACCAUUCGGCUUGACAUGGUAAGGAAGAACAACUACUAUGACCUCGAAUACGUUCCUCUGAGCAUCUUCUGGCAAGUUCCUCAAUACUUCUUGAUUGGAUGCGCGGAAGUGUUCACAUUCAUCGGUCAGCUGGAGUUCUUCUAUGACCAGGCUCCUGAUGCCAUGAGAAGUUUGUGUUCAGCCCUCUGUCUUACAACUACUGCAUUAGGUAGUUACCUAAGUUCUCUCCUCGUUACAAUCGUGAUGAAGACCACCACAAGGCACGGGAAGUUUGGAUGGAUUCCAGAUGACUUGAACCGAGGCCACCUUGACUACUUUUACUGGCUAUUGGCAUUCCUCAGCAUCAUCAACUUUUUCGUCUAUCUCUGGAUCUCCAAAUGGUACACUUACAAGAAGGUUACUGGGAAAUUCUAAA